AUGAAGGAGCAGGGAAUUAACAGGUACACCAGGGAUGAGUGUGGCACAGUUAUGGAAGGUGUACCUGAUCACCUGAUGGUCGUACUCAGUGGAGACACCGUCGUCACAAUAACCUUAAAAUGGAUAACUGUGUAUAAAGUACACCUAAUGUAG